AUGGGAUUACUCGCAUUCACGGCACCUUCUGGAGGGCCAGAUCUGUGUCCGCACCCCUUCCGCUUCCCUCGGAGCCUUCUGAUUGCUCAAAACUGGGAAGAAAUGAACAGUGUGGUGACUGUCAGGUUUUCUUUCUUUUUCUUUUACCAGAGCUUUGCUCAGCUCUGGCUUAUGGGAUUGAAUCCGGGCCUUUAGAGCUUCAGGUAGGAGUGUUUUUUGCAUGACCAUUAUGCUAUCUACUCUUCACCCCCCGAGCCCACUCCCAGGUUUUCUAAUGAGAAAAGCGAAGGAAACGGAAAAUGUGAGAGGGGGCAGUGAAUGCGACGCCCUCACGUGGCUUUCAUGAAUGGGUGUGCCCUCACACGGAGAACUCUUGGAUCCCGAUGGGCUCUUUCCAGUCGGAGCUUUCUUCAGGCAGCGCCAGGUUGGGACGGAAGCUCCACGUGUUCGUGUUGAGCCCGAGCUGUGGGCGGGCGGGGCGAUGAGGACACACCCCCAUAUCCAGCCUUCUCGAUUGGCUGCGGGGGAAACAAGCCCCGCCCCAUGUCGCUCGCGGGCUGUCUGCGGCGAGCAUGGCCUCUCCCCGGGCGCCGGAGUCCUCGCCCGACUUGCCAGAGCAGAACCGCGGCUACUGCGAAGUCCAGUAUUGGGACCAGCGCUAUCGGGGCUCGGCUCACUCUGCCCCCUACGAGUGGUUUGGAGACUUCUCCUCCUUCCGCGCCCUCUUAGAGCCGGAGCUGCGGCCCGAGGACCGUCUUCUUGUGCUCGGCUGUGGGAACAGCGCCCUGAGCUAUGAAUUGUACCUGGGAGGCUUCCCUGAUGUGACCAGUGUGGACUACUCCUCUGUGGUGGUGGCUGCCAUGCGGGCCCGCUACGCCCAUGUGCCUACACUGCGCUGGGAGACCAUGGACGUGCGGGCUCUGGACUUCCCCACCGCCUCCUUUGACGUGGUGCUGGAAAAAGGUACACUGGAUGCCCUGAUGGCCGGAGAGCAGGACCCCUGGACUGUGUCCCUGGAAGGUAUCCACACAGUGGACCAGGUGCUGAGCGAGAUGGUGGAGUACAGACGGGCCACGCUGCGAGAUGAAGACGCCCCCGAGACCCCGACGGAGGGCCCGGACCCCGUAGAGGUGGGCUUCCGCAAGAGGCCUGGCCGCCUCCUGGGCGCGCGCACCCGGCUGGAGCUGACCCUGGCCAGUGUCUCUCUGCUACUCGCGGCGCUGCUGCUCGGCUGCCUGGUGAUUCUGGGGGGCCGCCGAGACGCGUCCCAAGGCAUCUGCCUUACAGAGGCCUGCAUCCGCGUGGCUGGAAAAAUUCUGGAGUCCCUAGACCGCGGGGUGAGCCCCUGCGAGGACUUCUACCAGUUCUCCUGCGGAGGCUGGAUUCGGAGGAACCCCCUCCCAGAUGGGCGCUCUCGCUGGAACACCUUCAACAGCCUCUGGGACCAGAACCAGGCCACACUGAAGCACCUGCUGGAAAAUGCCACAUUCAACUCCAGCAGCGAGGCCGAGCGGAAGACGCGGCGCUUCUACCUCUCCUGCCUGCAGGUGGAGCGCAUCGAGGAGCUGGGUGCCCAGCCCCUGCGGGACCUCAUCGACAAGAUCGGUGGCUGGAAUAUCACGGGGCCUUGGGACCAGGACAACUUCAUGGAGGUGCUGAAGGCCGUGGCAGGGACCUACAGGGCCACCCCUUUCUUCACCGUCUACAUCAGCGCUGACUCCAAGAGUUCCAACAGCAAUGUCAUUCAGGUGGACCAGUCUGGGCUCUUCCUGCCCUCCCGAGAUUACUACCUAAACAGGACCGCCAAUGAGAAGGUGAGGGAGUGCUGGCGGGCCUACCUGGACUACAUGGAGGAGCUGGGGUUGCUGCUGGGCGGGCAGCCAGCCUCCACGCGGGAGCAGAUGCGGCAGGUGCUAGAGCUGGAGGUGCAGCUGGCCAACAUCACGGCACCCCAGGACCAGCGUCGGGAUGAGGAGAAGAUCUACCAUAAGAUGAGCAUCGCGGAGCUGCAGGCCCUGGCCCCCUCUGUGGACUGGCUGGAGUUCUUGUCUUUCUUGCUGACCCCCCUGGAGCUGGGGGACUCUGAGCCUCUGGUGGUGUAUGGAACGGAUUAUUUGCAGCAGGUGUCGGAGCUUAUCAACCACACUGAACCCAGCGUCCUGAACAAUUACCUGAUCUGGAACCUGGUACAGAAGACAACCUCCAGCCUAGACCGACGCUUUGAGGCUGCACAAGGGAAGCUUCUGGAGACCCUCUAUGGUACCAAGAAGUCCUGCACACCGAGGUGGCAGACCUGCAUCUCCAACACGGACGACGCCUUGGGCUUCGCUCUGGGCUCCCUCUUUGUGAAGGCCACGUUUGACCGGCGGAGCAAGGAGAUCGCCGAGGGCAUGAUCAGUGAGGUCCGCUCGGCCUUUGAGGAGGCACUGGGUCAGCUGGUUUGGAUGGAUGAGAAAACCCGCCAGGCAGCCAAGGAGAAAGCAGAUGCCAUCUAUGACAUGAUUGGCUUCCCGGACUUUAUCCUGGAACCCAAAGAGCUAGAUGAUGUUUAUGAUGGGUAUGAGGUUUCUGAAGACUCCUUCUUCCAGAACAUGUUGAACCUGUACAACUUCUCUGCUAAGGUGAUGGCUGACCAGCUCCGCAAGCCUCCCAGCCGGGACCAGUGGAGCAUGACCCCCCAGACGGUGAAUGCCUACUACCUACCCACCAAGAACGAGAUUGUCUUCCCAGCUGGCAUCCUACAGGCCCCGUUCUACGCCCGCAACCACCCCAAAGCGCUGAACUUUGGUGGCAUCGGUGUGGUGAUGGGCCAUGAACUGACACAUGCCUUUGAUGACCAAGGGAGAGAGUACGAUAAGGAGGGGAACCUUCGGCCCUGGUGGCAGAACACGUCGCUGGCGGCCUUCAGAAACCACACGGCCUGCAUGGAGGAACAGUACAGCCAAUACCAGGUCAAUGGGGAGAGGCUCAAUGGUCGCCAGACGCUGGGGGAGAACAUCGCUGACAACGGAGGCUUGAAGGCUGCCUACAAUGCUUACAAGGCAUGGCUGAGGAAGCACGGGGAGGAGCAGCGGCUGCCUGCCAUGGGGCUCACCAACCACCAGCUCUUCUUCGUGGGAUUUGCUCAGGUGUGGUGUUCGGUCCGCACACCCGAGAGCUCUCACGAGGGGCUGGUGACGGACCCCCACAGCCCUGCCCGCUUCCGCGUGCUGGGCACCCUCUCCAACUCUCGGGACUUCCUGCACCACUUCGGCUGCCCUGUUGGCUCCCCCAUGAACCCAGGGCAGCUGUGUGAGGUGUGGUAGGCCUGGGAGGCGAGCAGGUGGGUGGGCAUGGGGGGGCAUGUGUGCUUUAGGCUUUGGAGAGGGCUGGCCCCUCCAUCACCACAAGUGAGAGCUAGUCCCAGUCCCCCCCCUCCCACCCCCAGCCACCACAUCGUGCCUCUGCUUUGGGGGCGCCCCUGCCUCCUGCAGAGCUCCCACCAUUCACUGUGACAUCCCUCCUAGUCAUCCUGCCUGGAGGAGGCCUGGGGAGGUGGGGAUGGAAGGCAGUUCACCUCUGCUGGCCACGGGCCUGCUGUCCUCUGACCCCAAGGACCUGGGUGGGAGCCUCCACACUCAGUGCUCCUUCCAGCCCCACCUUGGGGUGGGAGAACCUCCUGGCCCAGCUCCUUAUACUGCUGCUGUCAGUCCUGCUGCCCGACUACCCUGUGACAGACCAACCUGCCCAGCUCUCAGCCUUCACAAGGUGCCUACUGCCCCAGCAGCCUGGCUCCCAGGGAAGGGACAGUCUGUCCAGGGAGGAGCCACUACUUCCUGUGUCAGACGACCCCCUGGACAGUCCAAGAAUGUAGCAAGAGCAGGGAGAGGGAGGGGAGAGUUUAUUUUUGCAGAGAAGUGGGUGGGGCGGGAGUGCUCUUGGCCCUGUAGGACCCUGUGCCAAUAAAUAGCCGCUCCUCAGCCAGC